GGCUGGCGGUGGGAUGAAGGCUUAUCGGGACCGCGUUGCCUGAAACGAAGGAAUCCCGAGCCGCAGGCGAUCAGGCAUAUAACAGCGUUCCUGCACUUUCCAACCGUCGUAAUCUCUGUUGACGCGUUGUGUCCUGCUUGCUUAUAGAAAGAUAAAGAAAGAAAGAAGGAGAUAUACCAGCCAUGCAGUUGUUCAUCGCGAUCUUCCUGCUCGCGGUCGCCGCCUCGAUUAUCUACAUCAACUUCUCCUCCUCCGCCCCACCUCCACCCCAGCAGCAGCGGCAGCAGCAAAGCGAGAAAAAGUCCGCGUAUGGAACCAGCAACGAACCGUUGCCGGAGCCGACGCCGCUGUGGGACUUGACGGUCGAGAAACUGAAGACGUACGACGACCGUCCGUGGCGGCCGUUUCGGUGGCCGUAUCAUCAGACGAUGUCGAUCUUUAAGCUGGAUAUUAAUCACUGGCUUGAUAUGGAUAAGUGGUAUCAUCGCUACGUCACAGAGAAAAUGGACAUCAUCCGUCGCACGGGGACCGAGUACUGCGACAUCCUUCCCGACGGGCAAGACGCGGCCGAAGAACUGCUCGACACGGUCGUCGACCACCUCUGCAAACGCUACCCGCGGCUCUUCACCCGCACCGAGAUCGGCAUCGACAACCACGUCACCGGCGAGAAAAUGGACCUCCGCCGCCCGCUCAAGGAGCCCGUGCUGCACUACCUCGCCCGCCUCGCCAAGGAGGAUUUCUACAUCGUCAAGCAGCGCGCCGACGGGAAGCACUACCUCGUGGCGGCCGUCGUGCCUGCUCCAGGAGGCUUCUUUGGCGUGCAAAACAAGAUCGGGCAGCACCUAGACGUGAUCCACACCGAGGUGCCGUACUAUGAGGAAAAGCUGAAGGUGUCGAUGGAGCGCUGGUUCGCGCGGAUGAAGCCAAACGACCCGGUCGAGCGCGCAAGCUGGUUCAUAUGCUGGGACCACGAGCUGCGGUGUAACGGCAUCUACGCGCUCGAGGAUGGUGAGGGCGUGCCGAGCGAGACGAGCUUUAGUCAGUACAAUGUGCGCGUGUGUCGGCAGACGCUGAGGAGGCUGCCAAAGUCGAACGCAAUCGUCUUCUCGAACCAUCCGAUUUUCUACUCGAUCGACGAGAUGAAGGACGAGCCGUUCAUUCCCUCGAUUUUGAAGAAAGUCGUGCUCGAGGGCCCGGACAAGAUCUUGAAAUACAAAGGGUUUGAGAAAUUCGACCAGCAUCUCGUGCCGUACCUCGACAGUCUUAUUCAGCGACAGUACGACCUCGGCAUCAUCAAGCCCGACGAGCAGCUCAAGACGAGGAAGAGCUAUCCGUUCGCGGACUGGUAUGAUAGCGCGGAGAAGCAUACCGGGAACGGGUACACGAAUCCGUAUUGGGCAAAAUAUGGGCUCAAGACGCCGGAGCCGAUGGGGAUACCUGUGCAUGAUGUAACGAAGGGACCGGAGUUGUGAUGAUUUUAUGUACUUUUUUUCUUGUGAAAUAUUUGAUAUUCUUCCCGCAUACCUCUUUAAUAUAUACAUACAGUAAUAAU